AUGGCCCCACAUCUGCAAUGGAUGGUCCUGCGAAACUGCUCCAGUUUCCUGAUCAAGAGGAACAAACAGAAAUAUAGCACUGAGCCCAGUAACCUGAAGGCCUGCAGCUCCUUCAGCUACAGUGUGUUGAUUCACUGCAAGACUGGGGGUGUGGAGCUGGUAGCCAAUGGCAAAGGUGUCAUGGUGGAACUGAAGCAGAGAUUUGUAACCCUUCUCUGCAUAUUGGGUUGUCUGAGUGUUUGUGCCAGUCAAUCGGGUGGCACCCUAGAACACUGA